AUGCUCUAUGAGAAACUUGAUCAGGCUCUAUCACAAGUGUUUAUGCAAUUCAAAGACGAGUUUGAAGAUCAAAAGCAUGCUAUAGUUGAACAAACAACUCGCAAGUUGCUAAGCAUCACGACUACUGAGAUGUCAGAGGUAUGUGUGGAUGUGGAAUUACGGAUUGAUCACUGCUGCGAUGGUAGAAUAUUGUCAGCAUUGGAAGAAUCAUCGUCUGUGGAUGGAAUGGUACCGGCUAGUGAAUCAUCCAUAGAGUUGCUAGAACCGAUGGAAGCUGAUGAAAGAAAUAGCAACGAUGAGUGUUUGGUAUGUCUAGAUGAGCUAGGGGAGGAAACUGAUGUACUGCGGUUGCCUUGCUCUCAUAUGUUUCAUGCAGAGUGUAUUACCAAGUGGUUACAGAAUAGCCAUUACUGUCCGCUUUGCCGCUUUGAGAUGCCAACCGAUUAG